UGACGCGCUGGACGCGCUCGCUGGGAUUUCACGGAAGAUGCUGAAGAAACGGGAGCCGCUGCUUUCCGAGAGACGACCCUCCAGUGAAGAUGAGAACAUGGUCCCGGUACUAACCUCCAAAAAGGCCAGUGAACUCCCGGUCAACGAAGUCGUGUGUGUCCUGCAGGCCGACCUGCAGUCGGGUCUGACCCGGGAGGAGGUGAACCGCAGGAGGGCGUACCAUGGCUGGAACGAGUUCGACAUCGGUGAAGAGGAGCCACUAUGGAAGAAGUACAUCUUACAGUUCAAAGACCCUCUCAUUCUGCUGCUGCUGGCGUCGGCCGUCAUCAGCGUUCUCAUGCACCAGUUUGACGACGCCAUCAGCAUCACUGUGGCCAUCAUCAUAGUCGUGACAGUUGCCUUUGUCCAGGAGUAUCGCUCAGAGAAAUCUCUAGAGGAGCUCGGGAAGCUGGUUCCUCCAGGAUGUCACUGUAUCAGGGAUGGGAACCUGGAGCAGCUGCUGGCCAGAGAGCUGGUUCCUGGAGACACCGUGUGUCUGUCGGUGGGAGAGAGGGUCCCAGCAGACCUCCGCCUCUUUGAGGCGAGCGACCUGUCUGUGGACGAGUCCAGUCUGACGGGCGAGACCAGCCCCUGCUCCAAAUCCACCUCCCACCAGCUGCCAGCCACCAAUGGAGACAUCGCCUCCCGCAGCAACGUCGCCUUCAUGGGGACGCUGGUGCGAUGUGGCAAAGCCAAGGGCAUCGUCAUAGGAACCGGGGAGAGCUCAGAGUUUGGGGAAGUUUUCAAGAUGAUGCAAGCAGAAGAGGCUCCUAAAACUCCGCUGCAGAAGAGCAUGGACCUUCUGGGGAAGCAGCUCUCUCUUUAUUCCUUUGGCAUCAUAGGGGUCAUCAUGCUGGUGGGGUGGCUGCAGGGGAAGAGGAUCCUCGACAUGUUCACCAUCGGUGUCAGUCUGGCGGUAGCUGCCAUCCCAGAGGGUCUGCCCAUCGUGGUGACGGUGACGCUGGCGCUCGGUGUGAUGCGCAUGGUGAAGAAAAGGGCCAUCAUCAAGAAGCUGCCCAUCGUAGAAACUCUGGGCUGCUGCAACGUGAUCUGCUCCGACAAGACGGGAACUCUGACCAAGAACGAGAUGACCGUCACUCAGCUGUACACGUCAGACGGGCUCCACGCCGAGGUGACGGGCGUCGGCUACAACAGAGAAGGAGAAGUGAUUGUGGACGGAGAGAUCAUCCACGGCUUCUCCUGCCCGUCCAUAAGUAAGAUCGUGGAGGUCGGCUGUGUGUGCAACGACUCCGUGAUCAGGAAUCACACUCUGCUGGGACGGCCGACUGAGGGAGCGCUCAUCGCCCUCGCCAUGAAGAUGGGGCUGGAGAGCUUGCAGAAGGAGUACGUCCGCCUGGAGGAGCAUCCCUUCACCUCGGAGCAGAAGUGGAUGGCUGUCCGCUGUGUCCCCCGCAGCCAGCAGGACAGGCCUGGAGUCUACUUGGUGAAGGGGGCGUACGAGCAGGUGAUUCGAUUCUGCAGCUCCUACAGCAGCAGAGGAACCAGCCUUCCCCUCACCCACCAGCAGAGGGAGCUGUACCAGCAGCAGAUCAGCUACAUGGGCUCGGCCAGCCUGCGAGUGCUGGCGUUUGCGUCCGGUGCAGAGAUGGGGAACCUGACCUUCCUGGGUCUGGUGGGCAUCAUCGACCCUCCGAGGUCAGGGGUCAAAGAGGCCGUGGCCACGCUCAUCAGCUCCGGUGUGGCCAUCAAGAUGAUCACUGGAGACUCACAGGAGACGGCCGUGUCCAUAGCGAGUCGUCUCGGUCUUUUCUCUAAAGGUUCCCAGAGUCUGUCUGGAGAAGAAGUCGAUCAUCUGGACCUGCAGCAGCUUUCACACAUCGUGCCCAGAAUCGCUGUGUUUUAUCGAGCCAGUCCGAGACACAAGCUGAAGAUCGUCAAGUCACUCCAGAACCUCGGCGCCGUGGUGGCCAUGACGGGCGACGGCGUGAACGACGCCGUGGCUCUGAAGGCGGCCGACAUCGGCAUCGCGAUGGGCCAGACGGGAACCGACGUGUGCAAGGAGGCGGCCGAUAUGAUCCUGGUGGACGACGACUUCCAGACCAUCAUGUCGGCCAUCGAGGAAGGAAAAGGAAUUUAUAACAACAUCAAAAACUUUGUCCGUUUUCAGCUGAGCACGAGCAUUGCUGCUCUGACGCUCAUCUCUCUGGCGACACUGAUGAACUUCCCCAACCCUCUGAACGCGAUGCAGAUCCUGUGGAUCAACAUCAUCAUGGACGGACCUCCUGCUCAGAGGUACAGGAGCAUCAUGGGAACUGUAGUGCACAGACAUGCAGUUUGUAGAUUAAUCUUUCUUAGGCUGAUUGCAGGAGGUCCUACACGUCCAAACUUUUCAGGUUGUUACAAACUGUGGGUGUGUCUCCUCAGUUUGGGGGUGGAGCCUGUCGACCCGGAGGUGAUCAGAAAACCUCCUCGUAACGUUCGAGACAGCAUCAUCGACCGAGGUCUGAUCGUCAAAGUCCUGGUGUCUGCGUUCAUCAUCGUCUGUGGGACACUGUUCGUCUUCUGGAGAGAGUUGCAGGACAACGUGAUCACUCCUCGAGACACAACCAUGACCUUCACCUGCUUCGUCUUCUUCGACAUGUUCAACGCUCUGAGCUCGCGCUCACAGACUCGUAUGGUCCAUGAGAUGGGUCUGUGCAGCAACAGGACCUUCUGCUACGCCGUGCUGGCGUCCAUCAUGGGGCAGCUGCUGGUCAUCUACUUCCCUCCGCUGCAGAACGUCUUCCAGACCGAGAGCCUCAGCUUCUUUGACCUGCUGUUCCUGGUGAGUCUCACCUCGUCGGUGUGCGUCGUGUCAGAGGCCAUUAAGAAGCUGGAGAGGUGGAGGGGCGUUCAGAGGAGCCCCCCCACUGACUGUUUCCACGAGGUAUGACCCCCCCCCCCCCCUCACUGCAGUCGGGCCGUGUGACUCUGAUGUCUGGAGGACGAAGAGGAGGCGGGUUUUAGGAUCUCACUGACUCGUUCAGACUGAAAGGACUUGUGGGACCCUCCUGUGAGACCCUGGGACUCUGGUCUGGGACCCGAGGAGACGGACUGAGGUCAGAUGGAAAACUUGAAUUAAAGGUGGGAGGACAAGAUGGCUGCCGGUGUCCUGACUCUGUGCUCAGUGUAUUUAUUACCACGGCCCCUCGCUGUAGAUCCCUGUCAAGGUCAAAGGCCACGGACCACCGCCCACAUCCUCCCGCCGGGAACUGGCUCUUGAUUUUGGACGUACGUUAGAAACCCCUCUGAUGAAUCAAAUACUAAAGACGUGUGCAACUGUUUGUGUUCUGUCCUUUUGAAUUGAUCGUCUAGAAGGAGGCGUCGACCACGUCUGGACUGUGGGUGGAGGUGUGACGGUGCAAAACCAGUUUGAUGCUCACGCUUCAUGAUCGAUUCCCUUCACAGUGAAAGUGCUAAAGAGAAACAGUGAAGACGUUUCUCACCUGAGAUUUGAAAAAUUAAGAAAAUGUAUUCUUAAAACCUGAUUUUAAUUUGUUUUCUUUAUAAACUUCAAUAUAUUUGUGAUUAAUAAGUUUGGGGAACAAAAAUAUAAUAACAUCAAAUUGAUUAUUAAUGAACCUUAUUCUCAUUUUAAGACAUGAAAUAUUGAUGUUUGCUUUAUAUCAUCAUUCAGAUUCUGUCGUGACUGUAACUCACAGAACACACGUGUUCGUUCCGGGGAGUAAAGCAACGUUACACCUCCACCUCCUGCUUUCUUUCAAAUGUCAUGCUUCCUCUUCCACUGGUUUACUGGUAAAUUCAAAACUCUGCUGCUGAUUGAAGGUGGAAGGAGAAAAAUUCAUUUUCUAACCUGAGUUUUCCGUGAACGUGACGUCUUCGGUCCCGUCUCAUCUUGUGCCUUAGAGAAGUCGUUCAUCGUCUGUCUCCGUGGACGCCCUUUACUCUCUGAUGGUGUCUCUGUUCAAUCGUGAUUCACUUUUAGAUUCUCCCGAAGGUUUAAGCUACAAUAAUUUGACUUUUCAUUUCUGGUAAAAUUGAUUUUUUUAUUCAGAAUUUUCUUCCACCUUCGAUCACUGUCGGAGAGUCGCAGUGCUUUCUGGGAAACGUGGUUUACUUUGCUGUCUCUCUGUUGAAAGUUGAUUUUAAAAUACUUGUAUUUAAUUUAUUUCCAAAAGGCACAUGUGGGCUGUUUUAAAUCACUCUGCUGCUGUUUCCAGCAUCAAAUCCUCUUUUUGUCGUAUUGUUCACGACUCGGUUUCCACAUGAAAUUAAAGAUGAUUUAUCUGAAAUAACAGCAGAGUCCAUUUUUCUUUCAAGUUUUCAUUUCUCAUGUCAGUAAAUUAAUGAGAUUAUAUGUUGGCAGAGAUAUUAAAGAGUUUUUUUACAACGUGA